AUGAAUUCACAUUGGCCAAAACCCUUUAAGGCUUUCCGUUGUUGGUUUGAAGAUAUGAAUUUCAUGGAUUUCGUUAAGCAGGAAUGGAUUUCUAUUCAAGUGGAAGGAAGCGUUUCUCAUAUCAUUUUGGAAAAGUUUAAGGCACUUAGCAAUCGGUUGCGUUGGUGGAAUACAAAUAUUUUUGGUUGGGUUGAUUUGAAAGUGGAGUUGAGUGUGGAGAGGCUUAAUGAGUUGGAGGAAGAUUUGCUAGAUGAGGAUGGUUUUGUAGCUGAGGAAAAGGUGAUUAGUAUAGGGAAGGCCCAAGUUGAAGUUUGGAACAAUUUCUAUUUGAAAGAGAGUUUAAUUAAACAAAAGUAUAGAGCUAAGUGGGUUAAAGAAUGGGAUUGCAAUACAAAGUAUAUUCACUCACAGUUGAAGGCUAGAGUUAGAUCCAAUCCCAUCACUGCUCUGAAGGUUGGUUCGACUAUCAUAACAUAUGUGUUUUCUAUUAAACAUGCAGCCAGGGAUCAUUUUCUUGACAAGUUUAGCAGUAGUUGUUCAGUUAGACCAUCAAUGGAUCUGUCAGGUUUAAUCUCUUUGCCCAUUGAAGAAAGUUUACAACUAGAAGAACCGUUCUCAUCUGAAGAGAUUCAUUUUGCAGUAUUCGAUUGUGAAGGAAAUAAAAGUCCUGGCCCGGAUGGGUUUAAUCUGUACUCCAUCAAGACUUGUUAG